UUUUUUUUUUUUGUGACCAGAAAAACAUGUGGCUCUUUAGGAGGAAAAAAAAAUCAUCAGAUGAAACGAAGGAAAGGCCUGUCUCACCUGGACUCAGCUGUGUGUCCUUUCAGAGUGACGGCUCAAUGGUGCAGCCUCUCGAGUUUACAGGUGGAGCAUCCUCUGUGGAAAGCAGCACAGCUCAUCUGUUUUAGUCGGAAACGUGUUUGGACGUGAUGGAGCCUGAAAAGAAGAACUAAAGGAAAUAACCGAGAAUUCCUACCAGGAUUAAGAGUGAAGCAGACGUUUGACUUUCUGAGAGAAUGUCGGGGGAGUGUGAAGAAAUCACAGCCACUGAAAUGAGUCUUCCUGAGGGGAAAUGCAAGAAUCAAGGUGCAACAGAGAAAAGGCCAAAUUCUCCUGAAGUCAGCUGUGUGUCCUUGAAGAGUGGGCGGUCAAUGACGCCCCCUAUUAACUUUAAAGGUGGAACAUCCUCUCAAGAAAGUGAAACGAAGGAAAGGCCUGUCUCACCUGGACCCAGCUGUGUGUCCUUUCAGAGUGACCGCUCAAUGCAAGAGCCUCUCCGUUUUACAGAUGGAGCAUCCUCUGUGGAAAGAACCCCAAAACAGGAACCAGAAAACAGCUGCAGAAAUUGGAUGGAGUCCGUAUUCCAGCUGGAGCACAAAGUCAUCACAUUGGUGAAGAAUGAACUGAACAAUUUAAAGAAGCUACUGAGUGCUGAUUACCCAGAAUGCUCUGAGAGGGAGGAGAAAGCGGAGGAGGAGGAUCUGGACCGUAUUAGAGAGAGUGUGCUGAAGAUCACACUGCGUAUCCUAAAGAACCUGAAGCAGAAAGAUCUCGCUCACCAACUGCAGAUCAAGCUGGCCUCUGUAUAUCAGCGAAAACUCAAAUCCAGACUUGGAGAUAAAUUUAAAAGGAUAAAUGAAGGAAUCUCCCAGCAUGGGACAUCAGUACUUCUGAAUCAGAUCUACACAGAGCUCUACAUCACAGAGGGCUGGAGUGAAGACAUCAGUAAUGAACAUGAGGUGAGACAGAUUGAGACAGUGUCCAGGAGACCAGUAACAGAGGAGAAACCCAUCAAAUGUAAUGAUCUCUUUAAAGACACGUCCAUCAGAAGUGUGCUGACUAAAGGAGUUGCUGGAAUUGGAAAAACUGUCUCUGUGCAGAAGUUCAUUCUGGACUGGACUGAAGGGAAAGUGAAUCAGGACGUCACCUUCAUGUUUCCACUUCCCUUUAGAGAGCUGAAUCUGAUGAAGCAGCAAAACCUCAGUCUGAUGAAUCUUCUUCAUCAGUUUUUCCCUGAUAUUAAGGACCUAGAAGUAAUAGACAGUGAUACCUACAAAAUCCUGUUGAUCUUUGAUGGUCUGGAUGAGUGUCGACUUCCUCUAGAUUUCCAGAACAAUGAGAGAUUGUGUGAUGUGACCGAGUCGGCCUCAGUGGAUGUGCUGUUGACGAACCUCAUCAAGGGGAACCUGCUUCCCUGUGCUCUCCUCUGGAUAACCACUCGACCAGCAGCAGCCAAUCAGAUCCCUCCUGAGAGUGUAGACCAGGCAACAGAGGUACGGGGGUUCAGCGAUCCUCAGAAAGAGGAGUACUUCAGGAAGAAGAUCAGUGAUCAGAGCCUGGCCAAUAAAAUCAUCACACACAUGAAGUCUUCAAGAAGCCUCGACAUCAUGUGCCACAUCCCAGUCUUCUGCUGGAUCUCAGCCACUGUUCUCGAAAGGAUGUUGGGUGAAGCAGAGAGUGGAGAGAUCCCCAAGACUCUGACUCAAAUGUUCACACACUUCCUGAUCUUUCAGAUCAAACACAAGGGACAAAAGUACCAUGGAACAUAUGACCCUGAUCCUCAGCAGACCAGAGAGAGUAUCCUGGCACUGGGAAAACUGGCUUUCCAACAGCUGGAGAAAGGAAACCUGAUCUUCUAUGAGGAAGACCUGAGAGAGUGUGGCAUUGGUGUUCGAGAAGUGGCAGUGUACUCAGGGGUGUGUACUCAGAUCUUCAGAAAAGAAUCGGGACUCCACCUGGGGAAUAUGUUCAGCUUUGUGCAUCUGAGCAUUCAGGAGUUUUUGGCUGCGUUGUAUGCAUUUCUCUGCUUUCUUGACAAAAACUCAACAAAAGAACAAACUACUGAUCUGUCUGGUCUUUUCAACACAUCAGAAAUGUCUGACUUCCUCAAAGGUGCAGUGGACCAGGCCUUACAGAGUGACACCGGACACUUGGAUCUUUUCCUCCGCUUCCUUCUGGGCCUCUCGGUGGAGUCCAAUCAGAAGCUCAUUCGAGAUCUGCUGCCACACACAGGAAGCAGCUCUGACUGCCAGAAGGACAUAGUUGAGUACAUCAAGUUCAAGUUUGAACAAAAUCCAUCUCCAGAGAGAUUAAUAAACCUUUUCUACUGUCUGAAUGAGUUAAAUGAUGAUUCACUCGUGAAAGAGAUCCAAAGUUACAUGAGCUCAGGACGUCUCUCUGAAGCUGAACUCUCACCUGCUCAGUGGUCUGCUCUGGUCUUUGUGUUGCUGACAUCAGAUGAGGAUCUGGAAGUGUUUCAGCUACAGAAGUUCAUAAAGUCAGAUGAAUGCUUUAAGAGGCUGCUACCAGUCGUCCAGCAAGCCACAACAGCUCUGCUCAGUGAUUGUAACCUGACAGAGAGAAGCUGCUCAGCUUUACACACAGUUCUCAGCUCUGAAUCCUCCAAACUGACUGAGGUGGAUCUGAGCAGUAACCAUCUGGAGGACUCAGGAGUGAAGCAGCUUUGUGUUGGACUGAAGAGCUCAAACUGUAAACUGGAGAAACUGAGGUUGUUGAAAAGUGAUGAAGCAGUGAAGGCCUGUGAUUUUCUGACUGAGGUUCUGGAUAAAAACCCUUUAUUGCAGAAAGAACUGGAUCUGAGUGGAAAGAUCUCUUCAGUGUCAGAAGUGAAGCAGCUCUCUGCCCUACUGGAGGAUUCACACUGCAGACCUGAGAAGCUUACGCUAAGGAAGAGUGGUGUUACAGAAGAAGGCUGUUCUGCUUUGACUUCAUCUUUUCUAUUCAAUCCUGCACACAUAAAAGAGUUGGAUCUGAGUGAGAAUAAAGUUGGAAACUCUGGAGUGCAGGGAGUUUGUGCUCUACUGAAACAUCAGCCAUGUAACCUGCAGAUCCUGAGACUUUCAGACUGCAGGAUAACAGAGGAAGGAUACGCUGCUCUGGCUGAAGCUCUGAAAUCAUCCCACCUGAUAGAGCUGGAUCUCAGAGGGAACGACCCUGGAGCAUCAGGAGUGAAGCUGCUCACUGAUUUACUCCAGGAUCCAGACUGUAAACUAACAACACUGAGUUUGUUGAAACGUCCUGCUGCACAAGAGGCCUGUACUUGGCUAAAUUCAGUUUUAGAUGAAAACCCUUUACUCCUAAAAGAGCUGGAUCUGAGCAUGAAGGAACCAGGAGACUCAGGGGUGAAGAAGCUCUCAGCUCUACUGGAAGACUCUCACUGUAAAUUUCAGAAAAUUCGGCUGAAUAAAAGUAAUCUGACUGGGGAGAGCUGUUCAGCUUUAGCCAGCGUUCUCAAAUUAAAGUCCUGCAGUGUGAGAGAGCUGGACCUGAGCAACAACAGUCUGCAGGAUCCAGGAGUCACUCAGCUUUCUGCUGGACUGAAGAAUCCACAGUCUCCACUCAGAACACUGAGACUGUGUAACUGCAGUGUAGCAGCUGAAGGCUGUGCUGCUUUGGCUGCAGCUCUGGAAGAAAAUCCCUCACAGCUCAGAGAGCUGGAUCUGAGCGGGAAUAAAGCAGGAGACUCAGGAAUAAAGCAGAUCUCAAACCUCCUACAGAAUUCACACUGCCUCCUGGAAACACUCAAACUUUCAGACUGCAGUAUAACAGAGGAAGGAUACACUGCUCUGGCUGAAGCUCUGAGACUAAACCCAUCAUCACACCUGAGAGAGCUGGAUCUCAGAGGGAACGACCCUGGAGCAUCAGGAGUCCAACAACUUACUGACUGCAAAACUAACAAACUGACACUCAGGUUGUUGAAAAGUGCUGAAGCCGAGGAAGCCUACAACCUUCUUACUCGAAUGUUCAGUAAAAACCCCUUACUGCACACGGAGCUGGAUCUGAGCUACAUAACAUCAGAAGACGUCAGAGUGGAUCAGCUCUCGCCUCUGCUGCAGGAUCCACAUUACAGACUGCAGAAACUUACACUUUCAGACUGCAGUAUAACAGAGGAAGGAUACACUGCUCUGGCUGAAGCUCUGAGACUAAACCCAUCAUCCCACCUGAUAGAGCUGGAUCUCAGAGGGAACGACCCUGGAGCAUCAGGAGUGAAGCUGCUCACUGAUUUACUCCAGGAUCCAGACUGUAAACUAACAACACUGAGUUUGUUGAAACGUCCUGCUGCACAAGAGGCCUGGACUUGGCUAAAUUCAGUUUUCGAUGAAAACCCUUUACUCCUAAAAGAGCUGGAUCUGAGCAUGAAGGAACCAGGAGACUCAGGGGUGAAGAAGCUCUCAGCUCUACUGGAAGACUCUCACUGUAAAUUUCAGAAAAUUCGGCUGAAUAAAAGUAAUCUGACUGUGGAGAGCUGUUCAGCUUUAGCCAGCGUUCUCAAAUUAAAGUCCUGCAGUGUGAGAGAGCUGGACCUGAGCAACAACAGUCUGCAGGAUCCAGGAGUCACUCAGCUUUCUGCUGGACUGAAACACCGUCACUGUAAACUGGAGAUUCUGAGACUUUCAGACUGCAGUAUAACAGAGGAAGGAUACACUGCUCUGGCUGAAGCUCUGAGACUAAACCCAUCAUCACACCUGAGAGAGCUGGAUCUCAGAGGGAACGACCCUGGAGCAUCAGGAGUCCAACAACUUACUGACUGCAAAACUAACAAACUGACACUCAGGUUGUUGAAAAGUGCUGAAGCAGAGGAAGCCUACAACCUUCUUACUCAAAUGUUCAGUAAAAGCCCCUUACUGCACACGGAGCUGGAUCUGAGCUCCAGAAAAUUAACAGACGUCAGAGUGGAUCAGCUCUCGGCUCUGCUGCAGGAUCCACAUUACAGACUGCAGAAACUUAUACUGACUUACAUUUUCAGUGAGAAAUCCUGCACUGCUUUGGCUUCAGCUCUCUGUACAAAUCCAUCACACAUCAGAGCGCUGGAUCUGAGUUGGUGUGAACUGGGAGACUCAGGAGUGGAGAAGCUCUGUGAUCUACUGAAGAAACACGAGUGUAAACUGGAGACACUGCGACUGUGGAACAGCGUCAGUGAGAAAUCCUGCACUGCUUUGGCUUCAGCUCUCUGUACAAAUCCAUCACACAUCAGAGAGCUGGAUCUGAGUGAGUGUGAACUGGGAGACUCAGGAGUGGAGAAGCUCUGUGAUCUACUGAAGAAACACGAGUGUAAACUGGAGACACUGCGACUGAGGUACAGCGUCAGUGAGAAAUCCUGCACUGCUUUGGCUUCAGCUCUCUGUACAAAUCCAUCACACAUCAGAGAGCUGGAUCUGAGUGGGUGUAAACUGGGAGACUCAGGAGUGGAGAAGCUCUGUGAUCUACUGAAGAAACACGAGUGUAAACUGGAGACACUGAGUUACAUUUUCAGUGAGAAAUCCGGCACUGCUUUGGCUUCAGCUCUCUGUACAAAUCCAUCACACAUCAGAGAGCUGGAUCUGAGUUGGUGUGAACUGGGAGACUCAGGAGUGGAGAAGCUCUGUGAUCUACUGAAGAAACACGAGUGUAAACUGGAGACACUGCGACUGUGGAGCAGCGUCAGUGAGAAAUCCGGCACUGCUUUGGCUUCAGCUCUCUGUACAAAUCCAUCACACAUCAGAGAGCUGGAUCUGAGUGAGUGUGAACUGGGAGACUCAGGAGUGGAGAAGCUCUGUGAUCUACUGAAGAAACACGAGUGUAAACUGGAGACACUGCGACUGAGUUACAGCGUCAGUGAGAAAUCCUGCACUGCUUUGGCUUCAGCUCUCUGUACAAAUCCAUCACACAUCAGAGAGCUGGAUCUGAGUGUGUGUAAACUGGGAGACUCAGGAGUGGAGAAGCUCUGUGAUCUACUGAAGAAACACGAGUGUAAACUGGAGACACUGCGGUUAUCUCAGUGCAGAAUAACAGAGAGAGGCGGUGCUGCUCUGACUGCAGCUCUGAGCUCAAACUCCUCACAUCUGAAAGUGCUGGAUCUGAGUGGGAAUGAACUAAAAGAUUCACUCACACAGCUCGAGGAGUUGCUGAAAAGUUCAGGAGGCGAACUAAUAUAUUAGACCACAUGGGAGAAAAUGAAAGCUCUUGGGUUUGCUAUUACACAUUACGUCCCUGGUAUUAGAAAUUCUGAUCAGCAGCCGACUUUAGAAAGUGAGUCGUCAACACUGCAGCAUGACCAAAGAGAGGGAAAAAUGGAACUCGUCCCACAGUGAGGAAGCAGUGUGGACAAUGUCUCCAGCGAGCCAGACCAGGGCAGGAGGGGGAACACAACAAAAGACUGCACAGAGAAAAGUCACACCAGUAGUUCACAGAAUCUACAAAAUAAAGGCUACACAAGCGUUCCCACCUCCAAACCACAAAACAACAUGGACUAGAAAAGAACAAAAAAAUCCCUCACCAAUACGGGCUACAAACAUCCUGGUGACUGACGCUCAGAUUUCAUUCAGUCCAUUUACUGAAAAGGAAGUUUGUUCUGGUUUCUGUUCCUUUCUUCUGCAAAGGAACUUUCAGAGCUGAACACAGUGAACGGGUUUGUUUAAUAAAUAUCACAUGGACAACUUCAUUUGUAAUGAAAGCACCGAUAACCCUCACUCUCUAAUCCCACACACACUGAAACACACAUUAUGGGAAGAAUGUUAGAAAGUCGGACUCUGCUGUCGUUCUCAUUCACACACAUACAGACUUUUUGUUUGUUUUUUAAUAAAUUAAUUUUGUUACGAAAA